AUGAAGAGCGUGUUGCAGGAACUGGUUGGGGGGAAAGCACUUAUCUUUAUCAUUGUGCUGGGAGUGGGAGGAUCUUUUCAAAAUGGAUUUCAUCUCUCAGCAAUAAGCUCUCCAUCUCCAUACAUUCAGAGCUUUAUUAACAGCAGCUGGACGUAUCACUACGGGGAUGUUCCAGGAGAGAAGACUGUCACCUUUAUCUGGUCUACUGUGGUGGCUCUGUACGCUUUUGGAGGUCUCAUUGGCUCCAUUACUGUCAGAUACUUUACCAGUCACCUGGGAAGAAAAGGAGCCAUGCUGUUGAAUAGUGCUAUAGCAGUUGUGGCCACAGUAAUCAUGUACAUUAGCAAACCUACACACUCCUUUGAAUUGAUACUUGUAGCACGCUUCCUAUUUGGAUUCGGAGCAGGGUUGGGUUUGAAUGUACAUACCAUCUACCUUGGUGAGAGUUCACCGAAAAAAAUCAGAGGCAUGGUGACAGUCACAGCCACUACCUUUAUGUCCCUUGGUAAACUAUUAGGACAAUUUGCUGGCCUCAGGGAAAUUCUUGGCCGUGAAGAGUGCUGGAACAUUCUUCUAUGCAUCCCAGCGUUUUUUUGUGUGGUCCAGCUGGCAAUCUUGCCAUUCUUCCCUGAUGCUCCACGAUAUAUUCUGAUAGAGAAAGGCAACACUCAACAGUGCAGAAAAGCACUGCAGUGUCUGUGGGGACCAGGCGAUUAUAAGUUGGAGAUAGAGGAGAUGUUAGCAGAACAGGCAGUCAUUGGAGAGGAGCACAACAAGAGUGUGCUGGAUCUGCUGAGAGACAAGCACCUGCACUGGCAGGUCCUUUCCAUGCUGGUCAUAAACGGAUGCAUCCAGUUCAGCGGCAUCUCUGCUAUCACCGUCUUCUCUUUCAACAUCUUUUUGGAAGCGGGUAUUCCAGUGGACAAGAUCCGUUAUGUCACUCUGGGAAUCGGAGCAUCAGAAGUCCUCAUCUCCAUAACCUGUGGGCUGUUUAUUGAGAGUGUGGGGAGGAGAGCCUUGAUGUGGCGAGGGUUUGGGGGAAUGUCGGCCAUUAUGGCAUUAAUCACUGUCACCCUGUACCUAAAGGACUACAGCUCUGUGAUUCCAUACACUACUGUCAUCCUCAUUUUCCUGUUCUUUAUUUUCUAUGGGGGAGGCCCAGCUGGAGUAGCCCCAUCACUCAUCAAUGAGAUCUUCAUCCAGUCAUACCGCCCGGCUGCAUUUGUGUUUGUCGGCUUUCUGCGCUGGUUGGGAUUCACAAUGCUUGGAUUCAUCUUCCCAUUCCUUAUUGCCGCUCUGAAGUCUCUGAGCUUUGUUCUCUUCUCCUGCGUUUGUCUGAUAGCCGCUCUCUACGUCUUCUUCAUCCUUCCUGAAACAAAAGGCAAAACUCUCCUUGAGAUUUCCCAAGAGUUUGAGAACAUCAGAGCAUGUGGAUCCUCCACAGAAGAUGCCUUGUGCUUAGAGACCAAGCUGUAA